GGUGGUUAGUCGCGGAGUGAUACCGAGCGGGAGUUGCGGGAGGCUGAAGCGGCUUCAGACAGCAGGAGCAGCAGCUGCAGUAGCAGCAGCAGCGAUCGCAAUUGUCAAGCUGUGGUGUCGCUAUCAUCAUCAUCGUCGUCGUUGUUUUACUUUGGUUUUAUAAAGGGAUACCACCACCGAUAACCAGGGAGAAGCAGCAGCUGCAGCAGCAGCCUUUGCGAAGCCGGGAUCACCCAAAACACAGCAGCUGAAACGGCGAGAAGCGCCGCUGCCCUCCUGUGACCCCGUGCUGCCCUCCUGUGACCCCGUGCUGCCCCCCUGUGGCCCCGUGCUGCCCCCCUGUGGCCCCGUGCUGCCCCCCUGUGGCCCCGUGCUGCCCCCCCCUGUGGCCCCGUGCUGCCCCUGAGAGAAGGAGAGGGGCAGCCCUCGCGCCUCCAACCUCAGAGAGAGAGAGAGGAGCUGUACGCAGCCAUGGAGGAGGAGAAGGCGCGCGGCUACGUACUCGAGCUGGAGACGGAGCGGGACAAGCUGGGCAGCAGCCAGGGACUGUGCAAGCGACUCAUCCAGGAAGAGAUCACGCGAGUUCGCCACGCUGCGAGCAAGCGGGAUGAGCCCAAGUACCUGGAGAUCCUGGCUAACAAGUCCAUCAAGCUGUCCGAGAAGGUGCUCAUACCGGUGAAGGAACACCCCAAGUUCAACUUCAUCGGGAAGCUGCUGGGGCCGAAGGGAGAGACGCUGAAGCAGCUGCAGGCCAGCACGGGCGCCCGCAUGGCCAUUUGCGGGCGGGGGUCGAUGAGGGACAAGCAGAAGGAGGAGGAGCUGCGAAACGGCGCGGAGCUCAAGUACGCCCACCUCAAGGAGCAGCUGCACGUGUUCGUGAUGGUGAACGCGCCGCCCAAGGAGGCGUAUGCACGCAUGGCGGCCGCCAUCGCCGAGCUGCAAAACUUCCUCCAGCCGGACUACGAAACGAACGGGCAGUCGAGUUACAUGAACGGCGAAGAGGAGGAGGCCUACGCCCUGGUGCCAGCUCCCGCGAGCCAUGGGCCGCCCGGGAGAGGCCGCCCCGUGUCUCGUCAAGCCCCCCACCACAUGGCACGCAGCAGCAGCAGUGGCCACGUGGUGGCUGCGGUAGCGCUGCCCAUGUCUCGCCCCGUGCGCGUGGUGCGCGCGCCGCACGGCGCCGUGCCAGGCGCGGUGCCCUCCCGCCCCCAUGCGCGCGACGCCCACGACGUGUACAUGGCGGCGCCGGCGCCAACGCACGGAGAAUACGAAUACGAGGAGGAGACGUACACAGUCAGCUACGAGAACACCGCGUCCAACCCCAGCAGCAGCGCACGGUACUACGCGUACGGACACGAAGAAUACGGUCCCGAGGAGUGGUCCCGAGCGCCGCAGGCCCCGCUCAAGGCGGACCCGCCGAGCCGCGUGCGCAAGGGCGUCUAUCGUCCCCAUCCCUACGAUAGAUACUGAAUCCGUCCGUGCCGGGGGGGGCGGGCUGGCGGGCGGGGGGGGGGGCGAGCGGGCUGAAGGGCCGGCCGUCGUCCCACCUGAGAGGUCGGGUAACCCCGCCGCCGCCGCCGCCGCCGCCGCCACGGCCCCCCCUUCUCUUCGUCCCGACAAACGCUCUCCGUUGCCGCAAGCUCGCCCG